AUGAAGGAGCCUCCGUUCACUCCAGAAAGAAGGAAGUCGUCGCCUCAUGCUGAAUCAUUCGUGCAAUCCCCCUAUUUCUCUCCUCGAAAGGGUCGGAUUCCAGAAUUCGGAGAUUGCGACAGACAAUCUGCGCGUGAUGAUUCACCGAGGACGUCUUUGCCGCUGACGCACGACUUGGAAAACCCCUCGACUUUCUCCUGCCACUCUCAGAAAGCCGAUCCUCUCGAAGCAAAUGGCAUGGAUAGCCUAAUGAAUCGCUUAUUUUUGGCGAAACCCACACUAAUUCAAGAGCAGAUCGCUGAUGACCCAUGGAAACUCCUGGUUGCAGUUACCCUCCUCAAUAAGACUGCCGGCAAACUUGCGAUUCCGGUGUUUUGGAAUAUCAUAGAUAGGUGGUCCACUCCGCUUGAACUUUCUCGAGCAGACGAAGAAGAGCUGAUAUCAAUCCUUCGACAGCUCGGGACCCAGACUGUUCGUGCUAAACGGUUGAUCUCCCUCUCUAGAUUAUAUCUUCAAGACCCACCGUCCUCGUAUGACCCUCGUCCAUCUCGAGCCUCUUCUCCGUCAAAACGGGAGUCUAGGUUUUUCCAGCUGCCCAAAGUCCGCUACACUGCAACACCUAUAUCGCAUCUUCCAGGUGCCGGAUCCUACGCUCUUGAUUCUUAUCGUAUCUUUUGUACUUCACAUGAGAAUCCUCUCUCGGAAGAAUGGAAAUCGGUCCUGCCUACUGACAAGGAACUGGUACGCUAUCUGAAGUGGAAGUGGGCAUAUGCUAGAAAGAGGCAGUGGUCUCCCAAUAAAGGUGUCCUAGGUUGCAUCACCCUUGAGUACAUCGCUUCACUGAUCAAGGAGCUUGAGAACAAGUAG